GUUUUACUGUCAAUUAAUGGCUGAUGAAUCAUUCCCUGUUCCGAAAAAGGAUAUCUUUUAAGUUUUUGUUUAAAUUUGAUGUUUCUGGAUAUGGUGCGGAUGCUUUAUACGUACCGAUAUGUUUGUUUUUAGUAUGGGUUUUUCUUUUGGAAGCCAAAUUCUAGGAUUCUAAUCAUCAUUUUGGUGAAAAUACAACAGGAUUUGUAUGUUUUUGUUGCUGUUUUAUGUUUUUUAGUUAUGUGAAGAUGGAUCUGAUAUGGACUUUGUUUAUUGAUUUAUAAUUUCUCAUCGCUAUAAUUUUUCUGGUUGGACUGGUUUAUGAGAAAAGUUCGUAAAAAUUUGGUUGGUUAUGUGAUAUUUUGCUAUCUGGUUGCUGAGUUGAAUCAGCCAUUUAAGUUCUUAUUUGGAAUUGUUAAAAUUUGACUGUUGUUUGCCAUUUCCAAUCCCAGAUUCUAAUUGUAAUUGGCUUGUUUAUCCCUCUUCUUAACUGUGUUUCCUUGCACCUGAGGCCAACAUUAUGAGUAUCUCGUUUCAUUUUUCAAUCUCAUUCCUCAUAUGUUUAAUGGUUCAUCAAAAUGCUCAGAAUCUUGUUGCAGAUUUAGUAUUAAACAUGCUUGACAAGCAUUUCAUUAGAUUCACGUGUAUUAUAUUUCUUCAUGAGAAGAGAGUAAAGAUGAUGAGGAAGUGUUAUUUGAAUUUCGAUGUUUUUUCAAUUGGGGACUAGGAACCUGUCUAUUUUUGUGCUCUGAACUUUUGGUUUUUCCCCAAUUGUUCAAAUCUUCUAAAUUCAUCUGGAAUUACGUUUCACCCUUUUGAUAUGGCAUCAGUUGCAGUAAUUCGAGUGGAAGUACGGGCUUCUUCUAAACUGUCUAGUGUUGAAGAGUUAAAAUUUUGUAGCAAAAAUUAUCUCUGUAUAUUUUUUCUUCAGUCAGUCAUUUUGAUGUGUUGUAGUAUUUCCCUUUUCCAUCCUUUUGAAUUUACAUACUCUGUAUUUGAUGCAUGGUGAUCAUACAUAUUGUGAAUGAAAGUUGUAUGAAUAAAGCGUGCAAAGUUUCCGUCUACGGUGUAUGGACAUCAAGUGAUGUAAAGUGCUAGACUUUUUUGUGAUGGACAAUGUUAGUGCUGAUGCAACCAGAAGUUGCCGAAGUGAAGAACUUGAACUUCCAAUCUGAUGUCGACUACCCAUAGCUCUUUGCAGGGGCAUAAUGAUAGUGGUGUUCAUGCUGCAGGAUCCCAACUAAAAAAGAGGCUCACAUUUGAAAGAUCUCUUGGUUCUAAUAAUCUGAAAAGAGUUGUGGAUGUCAAUAAUCAUCAAGACCAAGAAGAUAUGGAACUAUCGUCACGAAUAAGGGCACAGGAAGGGGAGAUUCAACUUCUUCGUCAACAAAUUUCAGUUGCUUGUUUGAAGGAAUUGCGACUGUUGAAUGAGAAAUAUGCACUGGAGAGGAAAUUUUCAGAUAUAAGAAUGGCAGUUGAUGAGAAACAAACUGAAGUCCUUACUUCUGCCUUCAAUGAGUUGGGAUACAGAAAAGGGGAUCUUGAAGUGAACUUAAAAUUGACUAAUGAAUUGAAGGCUGUGGAUGAUGAAAGAUAUCAUUACAUGUCAUCAUUGCUUGGGCUUUUGGCAGAGUAUGGCAUAUGGCCUCAUGUCAUAAAUGCCUCUGUUUUAACCAACAGGGUGAAGCUUCUUCAUGAUCAGUUGCAGCAGAAGAUCAGAACAUCUUAUGAAAAGAUUGGAGAACGAACAUCUCUUGCUGAAAAUCAAUUGGAGAGUGGAUUUCCAUAUCAAAAAAGAGAGAAUACUGAUUUUAAAUUCUUUGAGAGUGGAUAUCAAUAUCAAAAGAGAGAGAGUAUGGAUAUGGGGACUUCAAAAUACCAGCUUCCUCCCAAAGCUGAGGGUUUGAGAACAACUGAAGAUGUCUUUAUAUCUAGGGUACAAAAUAAUAUUCCAGGAUCAGCAGACUUUUGUCUAAGACCUGAAAUGUACCAACCUGUCAACAACGACAGUCCUCCGGACCCUUUAUUCUAUGCUGGCAGGGAGGUGCCUGGUGCUUUUACCCCUCCAGUUGAUGAUGAUGCUGUGGAAUUGCAACGUUAUACAACUGAUGAGAGAUAUAACCACCCUGUAAUGAUCGAGGGACCUGGCAUCGAGAAUUUUCAAAUAGUUGGUGAGGCUGCACCAGGGAGCAGACUUCUUGCGUGUGGAUAUCCUACGCGGGGGACUUCUCUCUGUAUAUUUCAGUGGGUUUGGCAUCUUGAAGAUGGGACAAGGCAGUAUAUUGAAGGAGCUACAAAUCCAGAAUAUGUUGUUGGAGCUGAUGAUGUUGAUAAACUACUUGCUGUUGAGUGCAUACCAAUGGAUGAGAAAGGCCAUCAGGGGGAUCUGGUAAAGCUUUUUGCUAAUGAUCAGCACAAAAUAAAAUGUGAUCCUGACAUGCAACUGGAGAUUGACACAUAUCUCUCAAAGGGUCAAGCUAUGUUCACUGUUCUAUUGCUGAUUGAUUCGUCUGAAAAUUGGGAGCCAGCAUCUAUUUCUUUGAGGAGGUCUGGGUACCAAAUUAAGAUGGGAAAUACAGAAGCUGUUGUAAUUGCUGAGAAGUAUUCAAGAGAGUUGUCGUUGAAAAUUCCUUCUGGGAUCUCUACACAAUUUGUUUUGACAUGUUCUGAUGGAUCAUCUCUUCCCUUUAAUACAUAUGAUGUUAGGAUGCGGGAUACACUUGUGUUGACCAUGAGAAUGUUCCAAAGCAAGGCAAUGGAUGAUAGACGGAAAGGAAAAGCAUAGACAAAAUCCCUUCGCCAUUGAAGUAUUGUGUUGAUAUUCACCCUUCAUUCAUUAUGCAAAGGAGAGAUGUAAUUGAAUUUGAUUAAUCAUAAUUGAAUUUGAUUAAUCAUAGUCUGAACUAAUAAAUCAAAUAAAUUAUACAGGUCUUCUCUUUUACCUUUUA